AUGGAUAACAACAGAUACAAGAUAUCGCCAUUAAUGGCUUUUAUGUUCGUUCUCACUCUCACCACCAUUUUAAACUCCUAUUCAGCCACCGCUGCUGAACUCGAAACCUACAUUGUCCACUUAAACUCCGCCAAGGGUCAAGGCUUCGAUCAAUCACAAGAUCGCGAAACCUGGUACCAGUCGUUUCUGCCGUCAACCACCACCGGCGGUUUAACCGAUGAGCGAACCAUGGUUUUCGCAUACCAUAAUGUGCUUACAGGAUUUGCGGCCAAAAUGUCAGCAGAGCAAGCAAAAGCCAUGGAAACCAUGGAAGGAUUCAUAUCUGCAAGACCACAAAGAAAAUAUUCCACACAGACUACUCAUACUCCCAACUUCUUAGGGUUACACCAGAAUUUAGGGUUUUGGGCAGGUUCAAACUAUGGAAAGGGGAUCAUCAUCGGGGUUUUGGAUACCGGAACGACUCCGGCUCAUCCUUCUUUUAACGAUGAAGGGAUCCUUCCUCCACCGGCGAAAUGGAAAGGGAAAUGUGAUGUUGCAGGAUGCAAUAACAAGCUGAUAGGGUUGAGGAAUCUUACGGGUAUCUCCGAGGAGCAUUUCGAUGAAGACGGACAUGGUACGCACACUUCCAGCACGGCAGCCGGGAGUUUUGUCGAUGACGCAAAUGUAUUCGGAAACGCCAACGGCACUGCGGUCGGGAUGGCACCGCUUGCUCACGUCGCGAUGUAUAAAGUGUGUACGUUGGAGGAUUGUGAGGAGAGUGCGAUCUUAGCCGGCAUGGAUGCCGCGGUUGAAGAUGGCGUUGAUGUGCUUUCGUUAUCGCUUGGUGGAGAGUCGCUACCGUUCUAUCAAGAUGGUAUCGCGGUAGGUGCAUUUACCGCGAUGCAGAAAGGGAUCUUUGUGGCUUGUUCCGCGGGCAAUUCGGGUCCUUUCAACUCUUCGUUAUCGAACGAGGCUCCGUGGAUUCUCACCGUUGGGGCUAGUACCGUGGAUCGAAAAAUAAGCUCAACCGUUUCUCUCGGAAACAAAGCCUUGCUUGAUGGCGAAUCGCUAUUCCAACCUAAAGAUUUCUCGAAAACCCUUCUCCCGUUGGUGUACCCCGGAGCGAACGGUGUUGGAAAUACCGCAUGGUGCGCGGAAGGAUCGUUGGACGAUGUCGACGUGAAAGGAAAGGUAGUAGUGUGUGAUAGAGGUGGUGAUGUAGGAAGAAUUGAGAAAGGACAAACGGUAAAGGACGCGGGAGGCGUCGCCAUGAUUCUAGCGAACGAAGCCACCGAGGGAUCGAGUACUAUAGCCGAUGCUCAUGUUCUUCCCGCAUCGCAUAUAGGUUAUAAAGACGGAGUUGCAAUCAAGGCGUAUAUCAACUCAACGACAUCCCCAUUAGCCACUUUGAUGUUUCGUGGGACUGUAAUCGGCGUAGAAUCAGCUCCCGAAGUGACUUCUUUCUCGUCACGAGGACCAAACUUGGCAAGCCCCGGAAUCUUGAAACCCGACAUUAUCGGUCCCGGUGUUAGCGUUCUUGCAGCAUGGCCCGUUUCCGUUGAGAACAACACACAAACGAGCACAACGUUUAACAUGAUCUCUGGCACUUCAAUGUCAUGUCCACAUCUUGCAGGCAUAGCGGCAUUACUGAAAGCUUCUCAUCCGGACUGGUCACCGGCUGCGAUUAAAUCAGCAAUGAUGACCACCGCGGAUCAAGUAAGCCUAAACGGUCGUCCUAUUGAGGACGAACGUGAACUCCCAGCCGACGUCUUUACCAUCGGUUCGGGCCAUGUAAAUCCAUCGAAAGCCAAUGAUCCAGGGCUAGUUUUCGAUAUACAACCAGACGACUACAUCCCUUACUUGUGUGGGUUGGGUUAUACAAGCCAACAAGUUGGAAUCAUCGCCAAAAAAACCGUCUCAUGCUCGGAAACCAUACUCGAAGGACAAUUGAACUACCCUUCAUAUGUGAUUACGUUAGCAAGCGGCCAAAACAAGACAUACACGAGGACAGUGACCAACGUUGGUGAGGCGAAGUCGACUUACACUAUAUCGGUUACGAAUGUGCAUUUGCCACCCGGUAUAAUCCUCGAAAUUCGCAGUCCCGCUUUGAAAUUUACCGCGGUGAACCAAAAGGUAGCAUAUGAUCUAACAUUCAUUCGGGAUAGUAAGGCGCAGAUGAACGUUCCUUACGCCGAAGGAUCUAUGGCUUGGGCUUACGGUAAGUACGUGGUUCGGACCCCUUUCUCUUUCAAGUUCAUAUGA